CCGCGGCUGACGUCUCUGCCGCCGCCGCCGCGCCGCCACCGCCGCCGUAUAAAUUCUUUCUGGCUGCCACCGGCGCCGGAGAUACCGCGCGCCUGACGGGCAGCGAGUAGCGUGCUUGACGUGGUUUCUCCCGGGCAGAGCUUCUUCCCCUGUCGCGAGCUGUCUGGGGAGGCGGAGAGCGACCCGACGCGUCUUGCCGCACCGGAGUCGCAGUGUAUAUAUACAUAUAAAGCUACAUCUCUGCUAACCUUUUACAGCGGAGACAAAGGAAAGCCGUCAGCCACUGAGAGAGAAGACGCUUCGGUUGUCUCUGACGCUCGAAUAAGGGCAGUCAGCAAGUCGGUGUCCAUCUUUCGGCAUUCUACAUCUACACUGUGCACGCCACCUAAACAUGUGUGGUGCGAUGACGGACGGCCCGCGUUUCGUGGAGCCAAUCUCCAACGUGACGGUCGCCCUCGGAAGGGAUGCCUCGCUGUCCUGCGUCGUCGACAACCUGGGACAGUUCAAGGUGGCGUGGAUCCACAUCGACCGGCAGAUGAUCUUGACGAUCCACCGGCAGCUCAUCGCGCGCGUGCCUCGCUUCAGCGUGUCGCACGACAACCAGAAGACGUGGCUGCUGCACGUCAGCGACGUGCAGCAGGAGGACCGCGGCUUCUACAUGUGCCAAGUCAACACCAACCCCAUGAUCAGCCAGACCGGCUACCUGCAGGUCGUAGUGCCGCCGAACAUCAUCGACGAAGAAUCGACGCAGUCCUCGGUGGCGGUCCGCGAACAUCAGAACAUCACGCUCACCUGCAAGGCCGACGGCUUCCCCUCGCCCAAGAUCAUGUGGCGCAGGGAAGACGGACAAGCCAUCAACAUAGAUCGCCGCAAGAAGGUGAACGUGUACGACGGGGAGAAGCUCAACCUGACGCGCAUCUCGCGGACGGAGAUGGGCGCCUACCUGUGCAUCGCCAGCAACUCAGUGCCUCCAUCCGUCAGCAAGCGGAUCAUCGUAGACGUUGAGUUCUCCCCGAUGAUCUGGGUGCCGAAUCAGCUGGUGGGCGCGCCGUCAGGUACAGACGUGAUCAUCGACUGCCACACGGAGGCGUACCCGCGCGCCAUCAGCUACUGGGUCUACAACAACGUGAUGCUGCUGCCCACCAGCAAGUACCACACCGACAUCCAGGAGACGUCGUACCGCUCGCACAUGAGGCUCACCAUCCGGGGCCUCACCGCCAACGACUUCGGCAACUACCGCUGCAUCUCCAAGAACUCGCUGGGCGAAACUGAGGGCUCCAUAAGGCUCUAUGAGAUUCCCAGACCGUCAACGCCACCGAAGGCUACAGAGAUACGAAGUGGUUCUUCGAAAGAAGAGAGACUCGCGUCUCCUCCCACGCAGUGGCCAGUGCGUCAAGACGCGGCCGUAGACGGCGCCCCGGCGGGCAGCGCGGCCGCCGUAGACCGCAGGGGGGUGGGGGUGGGCCUCUCCCCGCCCGCUCCGGCUCCCGCCCCCGCGACAACUGCCGCCCCCGGGCUCUCAGGCGCCUUGCAAGGUUGCCAUCAUACCAGUCUGAGUGGAAGAUUGCCCCCACUGGUCCUGGUGCUGGUCACAGCCUACUGCAGUCUCUGAGGACACAGGUGCAGCCUAUCCCCGGAUGAGAAGCCAAGGCUAUACCUCAAAGAGCUGGAUGUUUCCAGAAGAACUGCAGCCAGUGUAACGUCACCAGAGAACAUUGGUGCUACCACGCUCCAUCAUCAUCUGAUGCUUCGCUCUCUCAUUAUUAUCUCAUCCUCUCGUGUAAAUAACUGUCAAAUAAAAUGCUUUACCCUUUCAAAA